GGAAUAUUAAAUAUAUCGCCUCAGUUCCAUCUCUAUUUAAAAAAAAAUUUGUUGAGUGAAUAUAAAGCUUGGAGAUUUUCUGCCGGAAAAAUUGCAGUGGACAUUCAAGUUUUCCACGGAUAUUAAAUAGUGAAACUAUCAAAUACAUAUUCCACCAUUUGCUAAUCAUUCAACUUUAACUGAAGAAACGAUACAAAGACGUGGCCAUGGCGUCCCAUCAGUACCAUCAAAUUGCAAAUUUGCUGGAAAAAAUGACGUCGACGGACAAGGACUUUCGUUUCAUGGCGACCAAUGAUUUAAUGACGGAACUGCAAAAGGACAGCAUUAUACUGGACGAUGAGUCCGAGAAAAAAGUGGUGAGAAUGGUAUUGAAGCUGCUGGAGGACAAGAACGGCGAGGUGCAGAAUCUGGCAGUGAAGUGCCUCGGUCCGCUGGUCAACAAGGUGAAGGAGAUCCAGGUAGAGACCAUUGUUGAUUCGCUGUGCGCCAACAUGAUGUCAAACACAGAGCAGCUGCGCGACAUAUCGAGUAUCGGCUUGAAGACAGUAAUUGCGGAGCUGCCGCAAUCCUCCAAUUCGCUGGCCCCCAAUGUCUGCCAGAGGAUCACCGGCAAGCUGAGCACAGCCAUCGAGAAGGAAGACGUCUCCGUCAAGCUGGAGUCACUGGACAUACUGGCUGACCUGCUUUCCCGCUUUGGCGAGUUUCUUGUGCCCUUCCACAGCACCAUUCUGAAGGCUUUGAUGCCCCAACUGGCCUCCUCCCGACAGGCUGUGCGCAAGCGCACGAUUGUGGCUCUGUCGUUUCUGCUUAUCCAAGCCAAUAGCAAUGCCUAUAACGGCGUCAUCGAUCACCUGCUGGAUGGCCUAGAGAAUCCACCGAAUCCGGGUGCCAUUCGCACAUACAUCCAGUGCCUGGCAUCCAUAUGUCGACAGGCUGGCCAUCGGCUGUGCAACCACAUUGAUCGUUCGAUGCUUCUGCUGAGUCAGUACAGCCAGCGAGAUGACGACGAACUGCGCGAGUUUUGCCUGCAGGCCUGUGAGGCUUUCGUUAUGCGCUGCCCCGAUGCCAUAAAUCCUCACAUUCCCAUGAUCCUUGAGCUGUGCCUGAAGUACAUCACCUAUGACCCGAACUACAACUACGAGACCGACGAUGGCGAUGCUGGCAAUGCCAUGGACACCGAGGACGAUGAGUAUGUGGACAGCGAGGAGUAUAGUGACGACGAUGACAUGAGCUGGAAAGUGCGACGCGCUGCUGCCAAGUGCUUGGAGGUGUUAAUCUCCACGCGCCAGGAGCUCAUCGAAGACUUCUACCGGAGCCUGAGCCCUGCCUUGAUUGCUCGCUUCAAGGAGCGCGAGGAGAAUGUAAAAUCUGACAUCUUCCACGCCUAUGUUGCUCUGCUGAAGAACACGCGGCUGAGCGAUGAUGUGGCCAACGAUCCGGACUCAAUGGAGCAGGUGUCGGGGCCGACGUCGCUCUUAAUUGAGCAGCUGCCGCUGAUUGUAAAGGCCAUACAGCCGCUGAUGCGCGAGAAGUCGAUGAAGACGCGCCAGGAUUGUUUCCUCCUGCUGCGAGAGCUCUUGAAUUCGCUGCCCGGCGCCCUGGGCCCCUACUUGGAGAGCAUAGUGCCCGGGAUAAGCUAUUCGCUGAAUGACAAGAGCUCCACGAGCAACAUGAAGAUCGAAUCUCUGGGAUUUCUGUACUCCUUGCUGCAGGGUCAUCCGCCACAUGUCUUUCAUCCGCACAUACCAUCGCUGGUGCCCCUUGUGGUGACAUCAGUGUUUGAUCCCUUCUAUAAGAUAGCCACUGAGGCGCUUCUGGUGCUGCAGCAACUGGUUAAGGUGAUUCGUCCGCUGGAGACGAGUGCUGGAAAGUCCGACUUUGAUGCACCGUCUUUUGUGGGUCCGGUUUACUCGUGCACCCUGCAAAAACUCAAGGUGACGGACGUCGAUCAAGAGGUUAAGGAGCGCGCUAUUGCCUGCAUGGGCCAGAUCAUUGCCAACAUGGGCGAUAUGCUGCAGAGCGAGCUGGCCGUUUGCCUGCCCAUCUUUAUGGAGCGUUUGAAGAACGAGGUGACCAGACUGAGCAGUGUCAAGGCUUUAACCCUCAUCGCCGCCUCUUCUCUGCGCAUCGAUUUAACGCCGAUCCUCAACGACGUGCUGCCCGCCCUGGGUACAUUUCUGCGCAAGAACCAUCGCUCCCUGAAGCUGCAUUCGCUGGACCUCAUCAACAAGAUCGUCAUCAAUUAUUCGAGCAAUUUCGAGCCGAAUUUGCUGCAGACAGCCAUCGUGGAGAUUCCGCCACUAAUAUCCGACUCGGAUUUGCACGUAGCUCAGUAUUCGCUGACGCUUUUGAGCACUGUGGCGCGCCGACAGCCGCAGGCGCUGGUGGGCAUACACGAGCAGUUCCUGCGAUCGGUGCUUAUAUUGGUUCGAUCGCCGUUGCUUCAGGGAACCGCAUUGAACUGCACCCUGGAGCUCUUCCAGGCGCUGGUGCAGACCCAGUUGUCCGGCUUGGAUUACCAUUCCCUGGUAUCGAAGCUAAUGGCACCCGUUCUAGGUGGCGGAACGGAUGGCGCUCUGUUCAGGGGCAGCGCGGGUGGACCUUCUGCAGGUGCACCUGGCAGUGGUGAGGCGGUGCAGCAGCUGCACAAGCAGGCAUAUCAUUCGUCGGCAAAGUGUAUUGCUGCCCUUACACAGCAGUGUCCCCAGGUGGCCACGCCAUUGGCCACCAAGCUGAUAACGGAUCUGCAGAAGCGCAAUGACACCGAGAUUAUAUUCUGUUUGCUAACUAUCGGCGAGAUUGGCAGGCACUUUGAUCUAAGCAGCAUCCAGGUGCUGCCGCAGACGAUUAUUGAGUGCUUUGGAGCCACCUCGGAGGAUGUUAAGGCGGCCGCCUCGCAUGCCCUGGGCGCUGUCUCUGUGGGCAGCCUGCAGACAUACCUGCCAUUGAUUCUCAACGAGAUUGAAGUGCAGCCGAAGCGUCAAUACUUGCUGCUGCACUCUCUUAAGGAGGUGAUAUCCUCGCUUUCGGUAUCGCCCAGCGGACUGGCUCAGUUGUUGCCAUCGGUGCCAUCGAUUUGGACGCAGCUUUUCAAGCACUGCGAGUGCUCGGAGGAGGGGUCUCGCAACGUGGUGGCCGAGUGUCUGGGCAAACUAGUGCUGGUCAAUCCGGACGAGUUGCUGCCGCAGCUGCAGCAGGCGUUGCGUUCGGAGAGCGCCACCAUGCGCACCGUUGUCGUCUCCUCUGUGAAGUUUACCAUCUCGGAUCAACCGCAGCCGAUUGAUGUACUGCUUAAGCAGAAUAUUGGCGAGUUCCUGUUCGCCCUACGCGAUCCGGAGCCGCAGGUGCGACGCGUCGCACUGGUGGCCUUCAAUUCGGCGGUGCAUAACAAGCCGAGCUUGGUGCGUGAUCUGCUGCCAACUCUGUUGCCAUGGCUCUACUCCGAGACGAAGGUGAAGAGCGAACUGAUCAGGGAGGUGGAAAUGGGCCCCUUCAAGCAUACCGUUGACGAUGGCCUCGACAUACGCAAAGCGGCAUUUGAGUGCAUGUACACACUGCUCGAGCAGGGCUUGGACCGUGUGGAUGUCAUGCAGUUCUUGGACCAUGUGCAGGCUGGCCUCUGCGACCACUACGACAUCAAGAUGCUCACCUACCUGAUGACGGCACGUCUGGCCAUCCUGUGUCCCGACAAGGUUCUCCUAAGACUCGAUCAAUUUAUACAGCAACUACGUGAUACGUGCACUCACAAGGUGAAGGCAAACUCUGUGAAACAAGAGUACGAAAAGCAGGACGAGCUGAAGCGUUCAGCCCUACGUGCUGUGUCAGCCCUUUCGCAAAUACCCAAAGCAAACAAAAAUCAGCAGCUAAUGGAUUUCCUCAAAUCGAUCAAAGAGACCCCGGAGCUGAGCAAGAUCUACGAUUAUAUUCAGAAGGAUUCCAUCACCGGUACAGCAGAUAUUAUUGUAAUGGAUCAGAGCUAAAAGUAAAACCCUGGGCUCUCGAGAUUCCUUUACUUAAUUAAGAAUAUGAUGCGUGUUGUACGCACACACACAAGUAUCUCUUUUCUGAUAUAGCUUUUAGAUUUUCUAAAUAAGAAAUAAAUGCAGAUCGACUUGAAAA